UGUCGCUGGCGGGAGACUCAUGGGCGUCCGGGUCGCGGCAGUUGCGCUGCGGUCCGAGCGGGUUCCUCAGCGGAGCUCCGCUGCUGCUGGGCACCAUGAGCGGACGGCAGAGAACGCUCUUCCAGACGUGGGGCCCGAGCCUCGUGCGAGGCGCCGGCGCCGGCGUUCCGGGCUGCGGCCAGCCGCGCUCGCCCGCGGUGGCGGAGGCGCUGCCGGAGGAGGACGAGGACGACGAGGUGCUGCUAGUGGCGGCGUACGAGGCUGAGCGGCAGCUGGAUCCCGAGGAUGGCGGCUUCUGCGCGGCUGCGGGAGCCCUGUGGAUCUACCCCACCAAUUGCCCCGUGCGCGACUACCAGCUGGACAUCUCCCGGACCGCGCUGUUCUGCAACACCCUGGUGUGCCUGCCCACCGGGCUGGGGAAGACCUUUAUUGCCGCCGUGGUCAUGUAUAAUUUCUACCGCUGGUACCCUUCUGGCAAGGUGGUUUUCAUGGCACCCACGAAGCCCCUGGUGACACAGCAGAUGGAAGCCUGCUUCCACGUGAUGGGUAUUCCACAGUCUCACAUGGCUGAAAUGACAGGUUCAACUCAAGCUGUUAACAGGAAGGAGAUAUGGUCCAGCAGGAGGGUUCUUUUCCUGACACCUCAGGUCAUGGUAAAUGACCUUACUAGAGGGGCUGUUCCUGCUGCCCAUGUGAAGUGCCUUGUGGUGGAUGAAGCUCAUAAGGCUCUUGGGAACUAUGCUUACUGCCAGGUUGUCAGGGAACUGGUCAAAUAUACCAAUCACUUUCGAAUCUUGGCUCUUAGUGCCACUCCAGGUAGUGAUAUUAAGGCUGUGCAACAGGUGAUUACUAACCUACUGAUUGGGAAGAUAGAGCUUCGCUCGGAGGAUUCUCCUGACAUUUUGCCUUACUCUCAUGAAAGGAGAGUGGAGAAGCUCGUUGUUCCUCUUGGGGAAGAACUAGGUGCCAUUCAAAAGACGUACAUCCAGAUUUUGGAAACAUUUGCCAGCUCUUUGGUUCAGAGAAAUGUUUUGAUGAAAAGAGACAUUCCCAAUCUAACAAAAUACCAGAUAAUUCUGGCAAGAGAUCAAUUUAGGAAAAACCCAUCCCCAAAUAUUAUGGGAAUUCAGCAAGGCAUAAUACUUGAAGGAGACUUUGCUAUCUGCAUUAGCUUAUAUCAUGGUUAUGAGUUACUGCAGCAAAUGGGAAUGCGAUCAUUAUAUUUCUUUCUUUCUGGAAUCAUGGAUGGAACUAAAGGAAUGACACGGGCAAAGAAUGAGCUCAGCCGAAAUGAAGACUUUAUGAAUCUCUACGCUCACCUGCAGAGUGUGUUCGCUCACACGCGAGAUCCUGCAGCAGCCAGCGAUGCUUUGGCUUUCCAGAAAGGAAAUACAGAGAAAAAAUUUGUCUAUAGUCAUCCAAAGUUAAAGAAACUGGAAGAAGUUAUACUUGAACACUUCAAGUCAUGGAAUGCUGAAAACGCCACUGAGAAGAAACACCACGAGAGCAGAGUUAUGAUUUUUUCUUCCUUCCGAGACAGCGUUGAGGAGAUUGCAGAAAUGCUUUUACAGCACCAGCCAGUUAUUAGAGUGAUGACGUUUGUUGGCCAUGCUUCAGGGAAAAACACAAAGGGUUUUACCCAGAAGGAACAACUGCAGGUGGUGAGACAGUUCCGAGAUGGCGGCUAUAACACGCUGGUUUCCACCUGUGUUGGAGAAGAAGGUUUGGAUAUAGGGGAAGUCGAUCUUAUAAUAUGCUUUGAUGCCCAGAAGAGCCCAAUCCGCCUCAUACAGCGCAUGGGCAGGACUGGCCGCAGGCGGCAAGGCAGGGUUGUUGUCAUCCUCGCUGAAGGACGGGAAGAACGUACAUAUAAUCAGAGUCAGUCCAACAAAAAAAAUAUUUAUAAAGCUAUUUCAGGUAACAGACAAGUGCUUCAUUUAUACCAAGGAAGUCCACGAAUGGUUCCUGAUAAAAUCAAUCCUGAAUUACACAAAAUGUUCAUCACACAUGGUGUCUAUGAACCAGAGAAGGCUCGGAGUGUACAGCGAAAGUCAUUUUCCUCCAAGGGUGGAGUGAAAGCUAGUCGUUCGAAUAAAGAUGGGCUCUUAUCAGAAGAGGAGUUUAAGCUAUGGAGCAGACUCUAUAGGUUAGGAGACAGUGAUGCGGUUAAAGGAGUGGCGUUGCCCAGGUCUCACUUCCCAUCUUUACAGGAGGACAGAGCGCCUCAAGAACCAGCUACUGGAAUCCAUCAGCUCUCUCUCUCGGAGUGGAGUGUCUGGCAAGAUCACCCGUUUCCUACACAUCAAGUUGACCAUUCGGAUCGUUGCCACCAUUUUAUAAGCAUUAUGCAAAUGAUAGAAGGAAUGAGACAUGAAGAGGAUGAAUGCAGCUAUGAGUUGAAAAUUAGACCUUUUCUACAAAUGGAAGAUGUCUGCUCAAAAUACAACGUUCCUAGGGAUGGAUAUAAUAAUGUAGCCAGUGUUGCCAGUAUUGCUCACAAGAAGUCUUUGUUUAGACAGAGUGUAGAUGCCAGAGGUUCCUUGUCGGUGAUAGACUCUGAGGAAGAGCGUGCUGACGCUGGUAAACAAACGGAUUCUAAAUGGACCAAACUUACUUCUCUAAGGGAAAAAGCUUGUAGAGCAAUGAGAAAAGACCAGACUCGUGAGCAAAGUGAUGAUGAUGAUGGUGGUGGUGGUGGUGGUGAUGGUGAUGGUGAUGAUGCAGAUGCAGAUUCUUCAGACACUGACAGACAUUCUCCUGCCAAAGCUGUUUCCCAGGUAGACCCUCCCAGUGGGGAAAGGUUGGCAGAUGUUGGUGGAAUCUCCAUCCUGGCUGCUGUUACUGAAGAUGAUAGCCAUCCAGGAACAUUACUAAUGGAGUGUCAGGUCACAAAUAAAUCACUUGCCAGGUACUCAUUAGAUUCUGGUUAUAGUAGUUUCAGUGAUGAGAAAUCUUUAUCAUCAAAUGUGUUUCUUCCAUUGGAAGAAGAGCUGUACACAGAUAGAGUAGCUGAGCAGUUUUAUAAUUGUCGGCCCAUGACAGAAGAGGUACUAGCUAAUGUGGAGAGAUUUUUAUCCCGUUCUCCCCCAUCUCUCAGUGGACUCUCAGACUUGGAGUAUGACAUUACUCAGGGUUUUGAACUUGACAGUGUGUCCUGCUCACCCUACCCAGAGCAUGAACAUAGUCCUAAACCUGGAUCACCCUACCCAGAGCAUGAACGCAGUCAUAAACCUGCUUCUCUGGCAUCACACUCUGCUGGGAAGUCUCAACGAAACUUAGAAUUGAAUUCAGCUAAACGUACUAAUCAUCCUUCUGAAAAAUUCUGUCUCCUUGGCACAACUCAUAAUAAGAUUUCUGAUCAGCCCUCCUUCUGUGACUCUGAUAGUAAAGCCUAUAAUAUUAAAAAUCAGAAUUCAGUAUCUAACAGUUAUGGUCAAAUACAAGUAAACCUUGAAAAUAAUUUGGCUAACAAGAACAGCCAUGAUGAUAGUGAACCCCCAGUUCUGUUCACUGAUGAAGAUGAGAGUUUACUAUUAUUCGAAGAUGAUUUGAAGAAUAUUGAAGAUGCUACUGAGGAGUUAAAUGGGGUGGGCCUUCCUCCCUCACACAGUAUCAGUCAACCCCUCUGUGUGUCAGAUAAAACUCUCACAACUGAAAUGCCUCCAGUCUCUCACUUCUUAAUUUCGGAUGAACUGUUGUUAGAUGAUGAUUCUGAGACUGAAGAUCGAAGCAUCUGUGGUACCAAGAGCUGGAACUGUCAUGGAGGUGUGGAGGAUGGACAUGAGGAGCUAAAAACUGAGGGGUGGAACUGUCAUGGAGGUGUGGAGAACGGACAUGAGGAGCUGAAGACUGAGGGGUGGAUCUGUCAUGGAGGUAUGGAGGACGGACAUGAGGAGCUGAAGACCGAGGGACAGACGUUUGAUUGUUCUGCAGACUUAUUUUCUGUUACCUUUGACUUAGGAUUUUGUAGUUCAGAUUCUGAUGAUGAAAUCCUAGCAGGUGCUUCCGAUGGGAGUCAGACCCUGGGAGCAGCCCAUGUGCCUGGAAGGCAUUCUGAUAAGAAGAUAAAGGAUGCUAGUGUUGCUUCAGGUCCACUGAGUGGAGCUAUAUCACCAAUCCCAUAUGAAAAAGCACAAUGGUCCCCUUGGGCACAGAACAAGGAAUGUGCAUCUUUCCACUUUGCCCCAUCCUCGACAGUGAAGGAGAGAGUCAUGAGUACACCGCUUUCUAAGUCACACUCAUUAAACCCGAGUUUUAAGACAGGAGCACACAUGCUCAAGACACUAGACUCUACCAAGGGAAAAGCAAGUGGACAAGGUUUCAAAGUGACAUUGAACCCAAGACUUGACAAUGUAGGAUUUUCUGUAGAAGAAACCAAAGACAGUGAUCAGCUGUUUGUGCAUCAGUCCCCUCGGUGCACUGAAGUUGAACACUUAACUAGUGAAAGCGAAGAUGAUGUUUUCCUGAGAAAAACUAAAAAACCAAAAGGAAAUGUUCUGAAGUCCCCAGAGGAUCAGAGAAACAACGAAGUGGAUUCACCUAUUCAUGUCGUAAAAAAAAAGCCCAGGGUUCUUAGGUCAGAAUUAGCAUCUAGUGACGAUGAGAGUGAGAAUUUUGACAGACUGUGUCCAAGAUUGGAACACUUAAAGGGUCGUAACAGGAACACAAGAAAAGGUUCUGAAGCCCCAAAGAAACAAAUUCAAGUAAAGACUAUAGCUCGGAGGUUUUUAGAUGACGAAGCAGAGGUUUCUGGAGAGGAUGAGGACUGUGUCUCAUCAGAUGAGGAUGAGGAGUCUGAGAACGAGCAGGAUUCCUCGCUCCUUGACUUUGUAAAUGACCAGACCCAGCUUUCACAGGCUAUAAAUGAUUCUGAAAUGAGAGCUAUUUACAUGAAAUCUGUACGUAGUCCAUUGAUGAGCACUAAGUACAAAAUGGUCCGUGGGAAGCAUACCAACAUGAACAUUUUCUCACAGAUUCCUGAGCAAGAUGAAAACUAUUUAGAGGACAGUUUCUGUGUUGAUGAAGAAGAGUCUUGCAAAAGCCAGUCAAGUGAAGAAGAAAUUCGUGUUGAUUUUAACUUAACCAAAGACUCCUUUACAGAUGAGGACGUAAGAUAUAAAACCCGAUAUGCAGUAAAGCUCAAACAAAUGAACAAGAAACAAAACUCUACACGGUCAAGAAAGAAAUUGUCUAGAAUUAUCUUACCCAACGAUGACUCAAGUGAGGAAGAAAACACCUCGAAGGACAGAGAGCACUCCGGUGCUGGUAGCCAUGCCACUGAUGAGCACACACGGCAGCACUGGGCUUCAGGGCCAUCCAGGUCCUCAGUGCAGCCCAAGGUCCUUCUUGACCCAGCAGGGAAUCAGUCAUCCGGGCAGAGGCUACAGGUGCUACCAGAUAAAAUGGAUGCCAUUCCUGGAGCCUUGAAUGUGAAGUUUCAGAGCCAUAAUCAAGUCAGAUCUGCUUCACCACCGUGUUCUGGGGUUGAGUCAAGGAAGGAAUGUGGGAACCGUCCAGCUCAGUUGAAGGCUGAUUAUCAGGAGCACAGUGACACCUCAGCAGCAACCUGUUCCACUUCACUACUACACAUGGCUAAGGUAGAUACAGCCCCAGGGCAUCCGCAAGAAGGAAACAGGCCUUGCAUUCUUGUAGACAGUCAUGAAAUCACUACUGGUUUGGAAGUAAUCUCUUCACUAAGAACAGUUCAUGGAUUACAAGUAGAGAUUUGUCCUCUUAAUGGCUGUGACUACAUCGUGAGCAACCGAAUGGUGGUAGAAAGGAAGUCUCAGUCUGAAAUGUUAAAUAAUAUCAGCAAGAACAAGUUCAUCGAGCAGAUCCAGCGCCUGCAGAGCAUGUUUCAAAGAAUAUGUGUGAUUGUGGAAAAAGACAGAGAAAAAGCAGGAGACAUAUCAAAAAUGUUCAGAAGGACGAGGUGCUAUAACAGUUUGCUGACUGCCUUAGUUGGCGCUGGAAUCCGAAUCCUUUUCAGCUCUGGACAAAAAGAAACUGCUGAUUUACUAAAGGAGCUAUCAUUGGUGGAACAAAGAAAGAAUGCUGGUAUUCAUAUUCCAGCACUGCUAAACAUGAGUAAAUGUGAAGCACUUCCAUUCUAUUUAAGUAUUCCCAGCAUCAGUUAUAUAACUGCCUUAAAUAUGUGUCACCAGUUUUCAUCUGUGAAAAAGAUGGCUAACAGCUCCCCUGAAGAAAUCUCCACAUGUGCGCAAGUAACUUAUCAAAAGGCUGAAGAGAUCUAUAAAUAUAUUCACUAUAUAUUUGACAUACAAAUGCUACCAAAUGACCUUAACCAGGAAAGACAGAAAUCUGAUACAUUAACACUUGAAGUUGCUAUGAAAGAACUCUCAUAAUGCUAAUGUACUUCAAUAAUCAUUGUAGUUUGUGAUUACCAGUUUAAAAUAUGUAAAUAUUUUACCUCUUACUGAUCUUUAUAUUGUAUAUAUCUUUUUAUUUAUAGAGUAUAUAUUUUUAAAAGGAAAUCUUUGAUGUUCCAUAAUCAUUUUGAUUAGACUGUGAAACAAAUUUUUAUUGAAUAAAUCAAGGCUAUGUGAAGUGUUUGAUUCAGAGUGGUUUAAGCAUCUAAGAAAUUAAGCCAAAGGGCUGGGAGAUGUUCAGCUGCCUGAGUGUCUGCCUCACAAGCCUACUGCCCUCAGUUCAUCCUUGUGCUGGCUGGUCUCAAUUGAGAAGGAUCUACUGUAAGUAGUUAUUGAUGGGCGUGGCCCCACCCAUUGUGGGCUGGUGGUCCUGGGUUCUAUAAGAAAGCAAUGUGAGCAAGUCAUGGAAGCAGGCCAGUACCCCUCCUCUGCAUCAGCUCCUGCCUCCAAGUGCAAUCCCUGCUUGAAUUCCUGUCAUCACUUCCUCCAGUGAAAAGACUGAUCUGGAAGUAUAAGCCAAAUAAACCCUUUCCUCCACAA